UUGGUGUGUGCUGCAAAGAGAGCGGGACAGGCAGCAGAGAGAGAUAAAAAAGAGAGAGAGAGGGAGGGAUAACGAGGUGAAAGCACAGGAAUUCAGCGCCGAUUGAUUUGCGCCUUCGACCAUGCCGACUAUGUCGGAGUCGGAGGUAUUCGAGCUAAAGCUUGAGAUGCAGCACCUCCAGGAAAAGCUCACCUUUUUGGCGGGAGGCACCAACGGGGCGGAGCUUGUGGCAGUGGUGAUGGAGAAGGACGCGGAGCUUGAACAGAUUAACAAGAAGCUCAAGGAAGUGGAGGCCAGCAGGUCCAAGCUGGCAGAGAGCGCCAAGCGGGUAGACGCCCGGCGAAGAGAGGCAAUGAGGCAGUCGGAGCACCAGCUGGUGAGGGUGCAGGCCCUGGAGAGGGAGCUGGAGCGGCAGCUGGGAAUCUCAGACGAGCAGCGUAGACGGGUGGCUGACACGAAGGAAGACUUGACCUUGACCAAAGAGGAGCUUCGAAAGACCCAGGUUGAGAUGGCGUCAAAGGAGGCCUCGGCUCUGGAGAGGCUUGCCACAGCCCACGAUGAGGCGUCGUCCCUGCAGAGGAUGGUGGAGGGGCAAAGAGAGACAAUCGUCGGACUCGAAUCCGACAAGAAGGGGCUGGAGGAGACGGUGUCCAGGAGGGAGGACGAGAUCAAGAGCCUGGAGCAGCGCAAGAAGGAUGUCGCCGCUCGUUCCAGGUGA